AUGGAAGACAAUAUCCAGCUCCUGAGAGUUAUCCAGGAAAUGCAGGCAGAAAUCGACAAACUGGAGAAAGAGAAUCAAGCCCUCCGGAUGAAACUGACUGCAAGUAGUCAGAAAGCCUCGGGCUCACGGGGAGAACCAGGAGAUGAAAGGGAACAGGAAGCCCAUGCACAGUCUCCAGCAACCCUUCAUGAUGCUGUUUCCAGUGAUUCAGCACCAGCCGUGCAGGAAAACCAAGGCAAUGUCAUGAUUGUUAGACGCUAUUCCAUUUCUUCACCAGUUCAUUCACUUGCUGCAAAUGAUCCCUGGAAAGCUGGGAAAAGACAUCCAAAUAGAAGAAUUCUAGAAGCUCAGGGAACAGCUAAAUCACUGGCAUGUUCUUCCAUUAAGACACAAGACAAUAAAGAAGAAAUGUUAGCAGAAGAUUCUUUUACCAGCAAUAGUUCCAGCCAAAAAGCUGCUCCUGAACAUGUUUUUGGUUGCAGGGGCAAGAUAAAGACAGUCAGUUUCCUGUUACCCAUGGACACGUCUUCAUAUUCCAAAAAUUCAAGCUCUCUGAAAUACGCAUCAAAUCAGACCACAAACCAACUAAGUAUCAUAGCAGAAUAG